AUGAUCGCCCCUUCGGUAACCCCGCCCCCUUCCACUUUGGAGAAGACUGUAGAGGAAAUGGCUGUGGAAAGCAUGACUGUCCAUCCAAACUCCCCAACUACCAACCACGAACACAACAGUCUCCUGACUGACGAAAGCGGCGGCGGUGCGGUUUUUGUGCAGCCGACGGAGCACGUGGACCAUAGCGCCACCUGCUCUGCGUCUCGUCAGGCUGCCGUCGUCUUUGUGAACAAGUGCGGGCCUCCCCGCUCCAGCCGGGCCUCGGGUCUGGCCCUCAGACCCAACCCGCUAACCUAG